AUGAUUUACAACCAUCUGACUUGCGUCUACGCCAGGGUCCAGGGACUCAGUUGCCCACCCCUGCCACCCCAACAGCUCGGCACCCCUUCUACGGCCAGGCGUAUGGUGCUAGCCUUGGCCUAUCAUGCCCCAGCUACCGAGGCACAUCACCCAAUGUCCAGCACCGCCCGAGCCACCACUGCUGCCCUUCACAACUAUGUCAGGCGUGUCCGACAGACCUGUCGGUUGCCUCCACCGGUGCAUGGCGAUGUGUGGCUACGCCUCCUGUUCCGCAUGCUGCCUGUCAACUGCCGCUUUGCCUACCUCCUUGAGCGUCCCGAUGCCAUCUGCUGUGCUUACGGCUGUGGUGGAGUGGAAACCCAACACCAUGCCUUUCACGCAUGCCCCCAAAUCCACCCAGUAUGGACGUUUCACCGCGAUGCCUGGAGGUGCUACGGGGUCACCUUUUCGUGGUCGACUAUCUCGGACCUUGACCUUUUUACGGUCAAUGCGCGCGGCCACCAUCACCAAGAUGCCCUCAAGACCCUAUGGAUCCUUCUCAUAGCCUCAACCCUCCACCUCAUAUGGACCGAGCACAACAAGGUUCAGUAUGAAGCGGCGACUCCGCUGCCUCCCCCAGCGUGGAAUGAGCUAUCGUUCCUUGGCUGGACGAUGUCUGUCCGCCGAUGGCUCCGCCUACAAGACCCCGACUGCCCUCUCCGUUCCUCUGUCCUCGAAGUCCUCCGCGUCCAAUCGCCUUACCGACCGCUGUGGACCAAGUACCCCUACACGCUGCUCCUUGCGCCGACCUCUGCGACCGAUCAGCGCCAUUAG